AUUAACCAUGGUUAGGGAAGACGAUGAUGAUCCUCUGAUUCUCAAGGCUUUUGCAUAAAGAGGACUUGAGCGCAUUAAACAAGUCACCUCUUCCAUUUCUCAGAUUUCAAACCCACCCUAGGAAAUAACUAUGUCGGACGAGGAACACCACUUCGAGUCCAAGGCCGAUGCUGGAGCCUCCAAGACUUAUCCUCAACAAGCUGGUACCAUCCGCAAGAAUGGUUACAUCGUUAUCAAGAAUCGUCCCUGCAAGGUUGUGGAGGUUUCAACAUCAAAGACAGGGAAACAUGGUCAUGCUAAGUGCCACUUCGUUGGAAUUGAUAUAUUCAAUGCAAAAAAACUUGAAGAUAUUGUUCCUUCAUCCCACAAUUGUGAUGUUCCUCAUGUUAAUCGUACUGAUUAUCAGCUGAUUGAUAUCUCUGAAGAUGGCUUUGUGAGUCUUCUGACUGAAAAUGGAAACACCAAAGAUGAUCUGAGGCUUCCCACCGAUGAAAAUCUGCUCAGCCAGAUUAAAGAUGGGUUUGCAGAGGGAAAAGACCUUGUGGUGACUGUCAUGUCUGCAAUGGGAGAGGAGCAGAUCUGUGCCCUGAAGGACAUUGGUCCUAAAAAUUAAACAUGAUGCUAUAGCAUUAGCUGUAGCUGAUGGUGAAAUACAGUCUUUAUGUUUGCUAACAAGGGAAGGAAUUUUUAUCUAUUAUGAACAUGCACAACAAACUUUUAUUAAGAAGGUAUUUUAGCUGUAUAAUCAAGACUAAUAAGAUUUGUAAUGGAGGUGGGGAAGGGAACAGAAGCUGCUCAUUUCCUGAUGGAAGGAACUUUGUGUUUCUGUAGGAUGGAAUAUAUAAAAAUAUAUCUGUUUUCUAUAUUUUAUGGUACUUUGAGAUAAAUAAAGGUAUGUGUCAAGUCUGCCUA